CGGCCGGGGAAGCUCGGAGCAGGCACUUUCCUCAGCAUUCCUUCCUGGAAAUCAUUCCUUUAGCUCUGUGUGAGAGAACAAACUACAGCUUUAUUGCGGCUAUUUGACAUCUGAGUUCUGCAGGUUGAAUCUUGAUACCUUCCUGACAUUCUAACGGAUACAGUAUCUUGCAUUACUCCCGGAUUUGAGAAUUGAAGGAUAAACGUGAUUGUGUAGUGACUUGGUAUACCUGCACUGAAAUGUCAAAAUGAAAGGAUCUAGAAUACAUCCUUUAUGUCACUGAACAGCCUUUGAAUUCAAGAUCAAUUCCCAGUUUUUAAAACACUCAGAUCAAAAUGUCAGAACCUGCCCCUUCAUCUGGGUUUGUAGGAAACAUGGAAAAUGGGACUUUUCUAGAGCUAUAUCCCACAUCCUUGUCUACUUCAGUGGAUUCAACGUCUGGCCGCUUAUCAAAUGUCUAUGUCUACGUUUCUAUAUUUCUCAGUCUCUUAGCUUUUCUUCUUCUGCUAUUGAUUAUUGCACUUCAGAGGCUGAAAAACAUAAUCUCUUCCAGUUCUUCCUACCCAGAAUAUACUAGUGAAGCUGGAAGUUCUUUCACUAACUUAGAAGUUUGUAGCAUUUCUUCCCAGCGGUCUGCUUUCUCAAACCUGUCUUCAUGAAAAUAAAAGAAAGGGAAUACAUUGGAAAUGGAAGAGCUGUGUCUAGCUUUUUGGGGAACUAGUGCAUGCAACAUUUGCCUUUUGAAGACUAUUAAUCAUGAAAGAGAUGACUUAAAGUUCUCUUUGAUUUCUUUCCCUUUUUUUGUCUCCAUUUCCCCUUUUAUUAACAGUGCUUUUCAUCUUGGAGCAUGGAAAAUGGCACAAUCAUAGCUUCAUAUCUGUAAUAGUGAUGCUGUCUUUAUCUUUUACAUGUGCUCACACAGACUUCCUGGCAAAUUUGAAUAUGGUUCCAAGUUUAUGUAUCAGAUUUUUUUUGUAUAGUCUUGUCUGCCUUUCAUUAGCAUCAUUGACAUUUAACUGGAUAUAGGAUUCUGGAUAACAUCCCUUUCACAAAAAUGUCACCAAAACAAAUUGAUGUUGGAAUUAUGUCCACUGGUUAAUUCAGAGUGUCUGAGUACUUAAUUUUUUUAAUGUAAUUUUAGUAUUUUUUUAAAAAUUACAUUUUUAAAAGAAAACUACUUUUAUUUGUUUAUACCUGUCCAUUGACUCUUUAAGAACCCUCUGCUGGUCAAACUUAAUGUACAUCAACAUAUUUGCUUAGUUUAAUAUUAGUAAGUGACUAGAAUAAAUAUGUAGUAUUGGAGUGAUGUUGUAGUUACAGUGGUCCAGAACAUAUGUAAGAGGCAGGCAUUGUUUUAUCUUUUUAUUGGACCGAAUGCAUAUCUAGGAUAGGCUUAGACAAGCUUUCAAAAUGUGAUGCAUUUCACUGACCUAAAGAAUGAAUUUGAAAUCUUGUCUAAAUGCGUCCCAGCCAUGCAGUUGGUUCAGUAAAAGAUAUCACCCACAAAAAUCGUUGCCUCUAAAAUAAAUAUGCUCAUUUGUGAAUUUAUACAGGUUUUUCUGGACCCUUUUACAUACAGUUUGCCAAAGUUUAACUGUUUCUCUGAAAGAAAGUUCAGCCUCUGAAUCACAAAUAUAGCACCCAUUCUCUUCAUACUUUCAUGCAACUAUUGUUAAUGGAGCCAGCUUCUAACUUCUUCUUCAAUGGUGUAACUGUCAAUACCACUAUUGGCAGCUGAAUUACACCAUUGUAGACAUGAGGACUUCUUCCAUAAAGUCCCAUGGGGUGUCCAAGAGGCAACUUAUGCUAGUAAAAACUAACAGAGGACCAGAUUCUGUUUAGCAUUUAGGUGCACAGUGUAGUAGGUGGCAUAGAGAUAAUCCUACAGGGCCUGUGAAUUCAAAAGCCUCCCAGUACUCUUAACCACAGUCAGGGCUGUGUUCAAACAGGCAUGACACAACCUCUUGUGAGUGAGGCUUUUCAGGACUAAUUGCUACCUAGAGAACAGGCCCAUAAACACUUUAAUAAUUGGUAUUUAUCCUCUCAGCGACUGUCUUAUCGUGUCUAAAUU